GGCAACUUCGCUGCUUCAAGUUGCCUUCAACCGUUGCGCUCGCACAUAGGUACUUUAAUUUGUAAAGUGUAAACAAUAGUAGUAUCAUUUCUAAAGGCAUCCAUUUUGCUUGCUAGAACAUGAUCGUUCAUGAAAUUUGAAAAUUAUUUGGAGAUAACCAUUCUGUCUUCAUUACUCCGAUUGUCACCGAGUCCCUAGAUAUCGGUUCGCCAUCUUCUGAAAUCUGAACUGAUAUGCUGCAGAAGUGAUUUAAUAAUACUGCCUUUACGUACUUAAGUACAUAAAUAACGAUAGAAUGCGUGUUUCUGACAUUUUGAAAUUUCAACUUCCCGGCAGAUGUUUCUCUGAAUUCCCGCACUGAGUGUAGAACUAAAAUUAACUCUUGCUGCGUUGUUAGUCCAGAUUUUCUUAGUGUAUACUUCGAGGCAACAGUCAAAAAUCAUCAGAAUGGACGAUCCAUCUGCCAACAUAGACUUGGAGAUCGUGGAUGUCAGCUCCGAAGCGGAGGAUACGCCAGGAAAGAAUGUAAUAGCUUCGAAAGAUUCUGCUGCCUGGAGUACCGAUACGCCUGGCCUGAACGAUGCGUUCGUGAUUGUUAAGAUGGACCGGCCAUCCAAAAUCCAGACAAUACGAGUGGUUAACAACUGGACUGCCUUAUUGGAGAUUCAAGGCGAACGUGCCGCGAACGUUGAUUCCGGAAAAUGGGAGACGAUUGUGGCCAAAUCUUCCCUGAUGACGCCAUCGGAUUCGCGCUCCAAAGAGAACGGCCAAGCCGAACGCCUGUUCACUUUGAAAUCCGAUCAGACGCCAGUUGUAUGGGAACGCAUCAAGUUCAUCUGCCAGCAGCCAUUUAAUCGGGAGCUGCGCUUUGGCCUGACAUCCAUCCAGAUUAUCGCGCCGACUCUGGGCUCCGCGGGUGGUCGUUUUCAGUUGAAAAAGAAGGAAACUAACGGAUCGAUUCGACCGGGUGAUCUCUUCGCUGCCAGUACACGAACAGACGAAGCGGAUAGCGCCGUGGUGGAGAAGAAAGACGCGGCUGAGGAGCAGUCGCAGGCACUGGAAACCAGCCAGAACGGCAGCACCACUGAGAAUCAGGAGACGGAAACCAAUGAACCUGCACCGCCCGCACCGGAAUCCAGUCAGUCUAGUCCGCGAAAACGCGGCCGGCCGAAGAAGGAAAACAGUAGUCCACAGCCGUCGACAUCGAAAGGUGGUCGUGCGCAAGGAGUCAAACGAAAGAAAGACGAAGAAGAAGACCUGCCGGAUGACAAUGAAGAGGACGACGAUAAUAGUGUUAGAAGGAAGACUAGACGAGGCGCGAAGACACAGGAUUUGAAGGGAAUAAUGAAAGGCUGCGUGAUGGCUCUUAGUGGUUUUGUCAAUCCUUUGCGAUCUGAACUUCGCGAAAAAAUGCUUGAUAUGGGCGCUAAAUAUCGACCAGAAUGGGAGGAUGAAUGUACACAUCUCAUUUGCGCGGUUGCCGGAACACCGAAAUUCAAUCAAGUUCGUGCUGCGGGCGGACGCAUAGUGAAAAAAGAGUGGAUCGAGGAAUGUUACAAGAAUAAGCGCAUGAUGCCGUGGAGAACAUUCAUGUUAAAGCCCAAGCCGACUAAAAGAGACGAUGAUGCUGAUGACGAAGAAGAUGCGAAGUUUCAUGAAGAUGAAGAGUGGGAACCAGAUGCGGAUGAAUCGUCAGGUGAAGAGGAAGAGGAUGCUGAGGAAUCGGAUGCAGAUAUUGCAGAUGAGCUUGAUGAUCCUUUAUCUGAUAUAGAUGAGGAGGAAUUUUCUGCCCAUGAAGAUGUCGAUGACCUAGAAUCAGAAUCUUCCGGGGAUGAUCGAAAAAAGAGGAAGCGAUCUGCAAAAUCCAAAGUAAAAAAGCCUGCAGCGAAGAAACCUAAAAAGAAAUCCCCUAAACGUCGUCGUGGAGGCGUGCAUUACGACGAUGAAACUGACGAAGAGGAGGACGACGAAGAUCUCGAUCUAACAGACUCUGAAGAAACGGUGGACGAUGGGAAGGGAUUUACACCGCGACAGCGACCACUCUUCCGCAACAUGCAUUUCCAUCUGUACGGCGAAUUUCCAGAUGAGACCGAAGAAGAUGAGUUGAAGUCUUUGAUAACCGAUCUUGCCGGUACCAUUCGUGAUCAUAAUGAUGAACUUGUGACACAUUGUGUUACACCGAUGAAAUGGAGUCCUGAAUUUGAAGAGGUAAAGCGUGAAAAUCCGCGAAUGCAUUUUGUCACGCCAAGAUGGGUGUAUGACUGCCGCGACAAGCGAACUUUAGUGGAUCCGAGAUUGUACCAACUACCCAGAAAUGAAUAAUUUCCAUGCACAGAAACGACGUACAGUGUGAAGACAGUUUUAGUAGUAGUGUUUUAAAGGGUCCUUUGUUGCGUGUGCUCUCUGGGCAGCUUGCCUUCCUUUGACAAGUUUCACAAGCUCCCUGACUUGUAAACGUUGACUGCUGUUAUUUCGGUUCCGAUAUGUUGAACUAAUAAGGCGCUUGAGCUGAUAUUUGACGUGCUUGUCUGUACUUUCAGUUACUGGUUUCGCACUAACUAUUGGCAGUGCACACCAGCAGAAUCAUCUAAUUGUGAGUUUGGUGGUCCUUUUUACAAAUUGUUUUUGAUAUUGCAGUUUUUGCCUUGGAUAUUUGACAAUCCGUACUUUAUGUGAUGUGGCAUUCGCUAAUUGAUAACACCGAAUAAAAUGU